AUAUACACAAAUGCAUGUGAGAGAAUAUGAGACAGGGAGGAUAAUUGUAAAUGAAGAAUUUCAUAGGUUUGAAAUUUUCGUUAAAUUUAAAACAAACUUAUUUUUUCACUUCAUUUAACGGUUAAUUUUUAUAUUUCAUUCCCGUGUUAACGUUGAUUGUUUUUGGCGAGAGUGAUUUUAACUUCUGAAUUCUGUGAUACCUAGUUUUACAAUAUUAUUACAUGUACUGUUUAUAUUACCAUGAUUAAACAAAGUAUAUAGUGGACUAUAGUUGCUGAACUCCAUACUAGUUAAUAAUAAUAAUACACUUCAUUAUAAUACACUACUUUUUGAUGGCUGCAAUUGGUAAUGAUGAUCUUGGGCUUUAAAUGUUUAUUAAUCCAAACAUUAAAAUUAUCCCUUACACGUUACACUAGGUAACCUGAAUAAAUAUCAAGACGUCUAUAAAUCUUAAUGAAUAGAAGAAAUCUAUCUUAAUGCAUUGUAUUACUUCUGUGUUAUCAUUAAAUUCACCUGAACAAAUGAUUGAAUCUCAACAAACUACUCGAAAAAAUCCAUCUCCAUCAUCUUCUAUAAAAAACUCUGAAAAACAAAUUAACACAUCAAUCUUUGUACCAUCUGUAUCCUCCUCCUCCUCUUCUUCUUCGACAUCUUCAUGCUCAUCUGUAUCACCACAGUCAACUGGAUUAGGACUGAACUUGACAAAGUCGUUUAUGACACAAGUAAGUGAACAUUCAUUGAACGAAACAUCUAAAUCUAAAAUAAACCCCAUAUUUCAAGAUGGUGAUUCAAAUGAUGCACAAGAUAUCUGUACAGCAAACAAUAAUUCAUAUAUAGUACCUGGUUUUCCAUCUUUUUGCCUUGGUAUGUCAAAUGAUUCUUUGAUAAAUCAAAUUACAAAUGGUCAUGCAACAAAUUUAUUGUCUAUACCAACACCAACAUUCUCAUCAAGUGAUCUCUGCAUGAAUAAAUUUCCCGACAAUUUAGUUCGUUCUUGGACUGAAGGUUAUCCAGUUACAAAUUCGUCCUUUAAUACUAAUACUAUGAUUACAAAUAUUGUCAAUUCAACAAUUAAUAGUUCUCGAAAUAAUAACAAUAAUAAUAUAAUAACUAGUAUAGGUGCUAAUAACACUAUGCUUCUUAGAUCGCAUUCUACCGGUCUAUCAUCAUUUAAUGCUAAUAAUUCUCAUGGCUUAGUUUUACCAUUGUCAUCAUCAUCAUCAUCGUCAGAGAAUUUAUCAGCAUCAGGAACUUUUAAUAAUUAUCACAAUGAUAAAUCAAAGUCAAUUUUAUCAGAUAAUGAGGAACAUUUAUGUAAUAAUCUCUCGGUUUUAAAUUCAUAUACUGAUUCAAAUAAAUCUCGAAAUAAUUAUAAUAAUUCCGUAGCUACUACCGUAAGUAAUAUCACCACGACUAAUAGUAAUAAUAACUCUUAUAGUACUUCAAGAAAAAACGAUGAAGAUUUUUGUGAUUUAUGCCAAAAACAUUUUUGUAAUAAAUACUAUUUACGUAAACACAAAACAGAUGUUCAUGGUAUUCACACUGAACCAUAUUCGCAUAGUCGUCGUCGUGGGAAUGAAACACAAACUGUGAAUAAUUUAAGUCAAAUAAAAAAUGUCAACCCAUUCCUUACUACUACUAAUAAUAAUAACAUUACGAGCAAUGUAACUGGUUUUAUCAAUAAUGCUUCAUCUGAUAUCGACAUUACUAUUAAGUGUAACAAUAAUAAUUAUAUAUUUCCCAGUGAUAAUUCCAAAAUAAAAGACCAAGUCAAAGGGAUUGAUUUUACAUCAGAUUUUGAUAAAUCCCAAAUGAAUGACAUUCAAUGUGAGUUAAUGAAAACACAAUCUCCAACAAAAUGUGAGUUAACUAAUAAAUCAUUAUCUAACAUCUAUGAUUAUAUUAAAUGUGGAAGCAAUCUUUCGCUGCCCAGUUAUGUAAGUGAAAUUACAAAUGAAAAACGAUGUGGAAAUGAUGAAAUGACCCAAUGGAACAAAAACUGUUCAAGUACUACUACUAUAAGCACAACAUGCAGUCGGAACAGUGUUAGUAUUAGCUCUGGUUAUGGUAGUAAUGUAAACCAGUCAAUAGAUCUUACUGGGGAUCAAAGUACCUUGAAUGAAGCGAACAGUUCUUACCAGACAACCACCUUUAAUAAGACUGAUUCAUGUACUCAUAAUAUUAUUGAUAAAGAUGAGUUAAAUAUGGGACAAAAGAGCAUGAUAGAUCAAUCGACAGUUGAGUCAAAAAACUUAAAUCCUUUACUUUCAGCACAGCAUUACUAUAUGAUGGCAUUAGCCGCGAAUUUUUCACCACCUGCAGCUGGCUUAUUCAAUCCUUCCGAAGUAAUGGCCAAAUCAAAUCUGAUGCCUCCAUUAAAUCCUCAUCUUGAUAUUCCUCUUUUGUCGAUACCGCCUUCCCUCGAUUUAAACCACGUUGCCUUACGUGAAGCUCAAUGUGAUCAGUGUCAAAAAGUAUUUUGUAAUGAAUAUUUUCUCCAGCUGCAUCGUUUUAGUCAUCAGAAUAAUUCAGAUAAAUUGACAUUAAAAAAUGAAAAAGAGCAGUUUGAUAUUCUGGAAAAUUUUCCAACUGAAAUGGAAGUUACUGAUAGUAUAAAUAAGAAAGACAAUACACAGCACAGCACUGAAAAACUAAGUAUGGAUAUCGGAGACAAUGACAACGGUGACUGUGAGUCACAAAAAUUUAAUCAAAAUGAAACAAAAAAGGAAGAAAUUGACUCAUCUCUAUUUUUCGUGAACAAGUCAAAUACUAAUGAAGUGAAUAUGAAUUAUCCUGAAAAUUCUGAAUUUCGUCUUGGUACACAUUCAUUAGAUGCUUUUAAAAAUAGUAUGGUUGCAGCAAAAUUAGCUGAUCGUGUUACUUGUGAAUUGUGUAAUAAGGAAUUAUGCAAUAAGUACUUUUUAAGAACACAUAAAAUAAGAGUUCAUGGAAUAUCACCAAAAGAUGUUGGUGGACCACCAAUGAGAAAUCCACCAAUUAUAGAUAAUUCAUCAUUGAAUUAUUCCUUAAAUGAUUUACAAACAAUAAAUUGUGUAACUAAUUCUCACCAAAUUAAUUCUAUACUGAAUUUUGAUGAAAAUUGUAAAAUAGAUGCAACAUUAUCUGAUGAAAUGUUAAAUUCAUUUAAUUCUGCAUAUUCUACACUUGGUUUAGUAAAUCAAUUUCUUCCAUUAGCUUAUUGGCCAUUAUUUACUUCAAAUCAUUUCAUUUCUAAACAAGCUGUAAAUUGUCAAUUAGAUAAAUCACUUUUACCUAAUUUAGAUAAUACUGUUCUAUGGAAUAAUUUGAAUAAUUCCCUUACUAAUAAUAUAUACAAUCAUACAAAUAUUACCACUGGUAAUAAUGGUAUUAAAAAUUCAAACCUUACUGAAAUCCCUUCUGCUAUAACAUCGAUUUAUUGUCCAUUAUGUGAUUUACCUAUUGGACCACGUUUAUUUUUACCUACACAUUUAAGUAGUGUUCAUAAAUUAUCACCAACUGAUCCAGAUUUCUUUAUGAAUAUGUUACGUGCCAAACCAAUGUCGAAAAUAGAAAAACUGAAUGAUCUUAAAUGUUAUAAUCAUUUAUCUGCUACACAAACUAAGUCAACAAAUGAUAAUUUUCAAGAAGAAAGUGCUGUGAACAACAAUAUGCAUCAGCCUAAUGUUAACAAUCAUCAUGUUAACGGAUGUACUUCACCAUCUGGUAAAAAUGAAGAUCAAACAAAUAUAAAUAAUUAUUGUGAUAAUUUAAUUCUCAAAGAAUUGCAAUCAUCUAAUCAAAAAUCGGAACCUAAAGUAAUUAAUAACGAAUCAACAGCCAAUUCUUCUGAUUUAACAAAUACAAAACCAUUGGACAUUGAAUUACAAUCACAACCGAUUAAAUCUUUACCAAAUUCUUUAUCUAACCAACUUUCACCAAAUGAUAUAGCUCAGUAUAUUUCCACAAAUACUUCAACGAAUUCACUUCCCUAUAUUCCAUUUGAUCUAGUAAAUAAUUUAGAAACACAAAUGAACGAUAGCAAUGCUACAGAAUUAAGCCGAAUUCCAUUAUCAAAUACUCCGUGCAGUAGUGAUGAUUCUAUAAAUCACACAUCAAUAGCAGCUGCAGCCGCUGUUGCUGCUGCCGCAUUUUCUACUUUACCAAUCAACCCGAUUGCAACAAUGACAGCAGUUGGUGCAGUAGGCGAUUCUCUUAGCAAUCGAUCAUGGGACACUAUUACUCAAUUAUCUACAAAUAAAAAUGCAAACAAUCAAUCUACAUUCAAUCAAUUGAGCUCAGAGGUUUCACCAACAAGUUCCAUAGGAAACACCUCAAAUUCUGUCGUCCAGUCUGGUAUACCACGAAAAUCGCCUAAUCAAAUGCGCGUAUUGUGUGAUAUUUGUAAUAAAUGGAUCUGUAAUAAAUAUUUUUUAAGAACACACAAAGCGAACAAACAUGGCGUGACAGAUCCGUCUUUAGGAUCCUUAGAAUGUUAUCGAUCUGGCAAUGAAAAAUCAUUUCCUACUAUGAAAUCGCAUAUGAAUACAUCUUUUCGACGAAUAAUGAAUCAGUGUAGCAGAGAUACACUUCAAGAAGAAGACAAAAAUAUUGGCGACUACACUAAUCCAAAUUGUAUACUUAGUUCUCCUUGUGAAUCCCAGGUAUCGUUUAAAAAUUCAAGUAUAACAUCCACUCAAGAACGACGGACCCAAAACUCCGAACAAACAAUAAUUAGUUGUGAUAACUCAAUAGGAACUCCCUUAACACCUAGUGAUGUUUCUGGAACAACCAUUUCAUUUCCUUUGACAUUCCAAACUACUGUUGCUACAAAUUUACCUUGGCUUGGUUAUGGGUUUCCAUACCAAUCAUCAUCAUUAGUUUCAUAUCCAACAAUUAACUAUCCGAAUAUACUACCAUUCCCAAUGCUUCCGAACUCAGAUAUCUAUCCAUAUUCACAGACAAAUAUAGCUGGAAAAUUAGAGACAACGGAAUCAGUUUUACAUAAAUCUGAUUUACACAAAAGCUCAAUGGAUAGAGAAUCUGAAAAUGAGGAGAACAAGAAUCCGUUAAAUUUAAGUUUAAAAAUAACUUCAGAAGAUCAGAAGAAUAUUUGUUGUUGUACAGUAUUGAAUAUAACAACUAAUACUGUUUCUAUUGGUAAUAAUAACAAUUGUAGUAGUGUUACAACCAAUAUUAUUAAUAAGUCACAAGAAACAAACAUAAUAAAUAGUAAAAUGAAUUGGUUAAAACGGGGACAACUAAUGAAGAAAUAUUUUAAAAAUCAAUACUUUAGUUCCUUUUGCAUCAAUCAUUCACGUCAACGAUUACAUUACAUAUCAAAUCAAUUGUUACUAUCAUUACAAUUAAAGAGAAAAUCUAUUCAAUAUGUUAGAAGAAAAAUGUAUAUGAAAAGAAAACAGAAUACUGUUAAACACAUUGAAAAAAUUGAAAGUUUGCCGGUGAGUACUUGUGAAAUACAACGUUACAGAACAACUUAUCCCUACUAUUUAUUUAACAAAUCUAGAAGACCGGUCAAUUAUCAUUGUUAUUCAAAACAUCUACAACAAAGACAACAACGAAGAAAGAAAAUGAUAAGAUCUCAUAACUCACUUUGUGAAUUACAGUCUUGUAAAACGAAUUCACCAGUAAAUUAUGAAAAUUUUCCUACAGAAGCAAUAAAAACCAAAUUGACAUUUUCAAAUAAAAUAUUUUGUCCUUUAUGUUUAAAUGGACAAGCAUUUAUAGAGUUCACUGAAUUCAUGACACAUUUAAAACAAAAUCACUCAAUUUCUGAAUGUGAAUCAGUUAUGAAUGUAUUUAAAACACAAAUGGAAUUAUACAAUGCACAGAAUUAUGUCUUUCAAACAAGUAAUUUUAUUACUACAAGUGUUUCGGUGAAACCUGAUUCAUCCGAGUGUAAUAAUCAUAUACCGCCAAUGAACAGCACUGUUACAACUAUGUCAUUAGCGCAGGAAAGUUCAAACCCAUCCAAAAAUAAUCCUCUAUUCAAUACUUCUUACAGUCAUAAUGAUAUUAUGUAUGAUUUUCAAGAAAAUACUAGUCAGACUCGACUAGUGAAUUCAGUAGAUGUUAAUAAAUCCAUAGAAAUGAUACCUUCCAUUGUUGUAUGUCAACCUUCAGUGGUGUUAUCACCACCACCCCUAUCAUUGUCAACUUCUUUCUCACCCUUUUCUAAUUCAUCAUCAUUACCAUUGUGUUCUCUGAGUUCUUCUACAAUUACAAACUCUGCAGUCUCUACACCUAGACCUCUUGGAAGGCCAUUAUUUAUGCCAAUUAAUUCUUUCACAAAAACUUUAUCUACAAUCUAA